CACCAACACCACUCAGCAGACUCCAUACACAGCGAGGCUCUUCGGAGGGACUCUGGAGCGAAGCACGAUGCUCAAGGAUCCAAUGGUGGCGCUGCCACCCGAGGUGACCACGAUCGUGCUCAGCUUUGUGGAUGUGCUGACGCUGAUGCAUGCGAGGAGGAUAGCGAAGCAUUGGAAAGCGCUCAUAGACGACAGCGGCGACGAUAUCUGGAGAGGUGUGGCUUUACAUCUCGGUCUCACACGCACCUUUGAUGCUGAUCUUCCACCUUCCAUCGCUGCGCCUCAGGAGCAACCUCUGAGCAAAUUCGCAAACGAGGCGAUCAUGAGCACCACGGGAUACUUUGAAGAGCUAAAGUCCUUUAGAAAUUUAUGCUACAGGUAUGCACGACUAGCUGUAUCCUGGAACACAUCCGGCAUCGUCGAUGAGAGCGAAUGGGAAUCUCCAACGGCGCGCAUAUGGCCAACGGGCUGCAUCUUGGAGGUCAACGACCAGAUAGGCCACCGCAUCCAGCUCUCGCCCGAUACAGGCAGCGUCGAAGCAGUGACGUACGAUUGGGAGGAUGGGGUGCCGCAAGCAAGCGGUACGGUGCGCAGUUACCCCAUGAAGCACUUGACUUCUGAGCGCACGGAGGAUGCUCGUUCGUGGACUAGCGUGCAAGAGAUCGGUAGGGGUCCUUCGCUACCCCCAUUCGCUCACCUCGAGGGAGACGCAGGCUACCUGUUGGCUUGCGCGCAUGACUUUUUGGACUCCAUCAUCGUGUGGAAAAAGUCCAGACAGCUCAACGCGUACGAGGAAGUGGGAUCGCUGGUCACUCCUCACGGUAUGGGACAUCCACGCGCUUCUCGAUUCCGAUAUCCUACUUGCGUGGCGGCAACGCUCGACAGGGAAUCCAAAAAGUGGUUCAUUGUGGGUUGGGACGUCACUAGGCUCGCUGUAUCCUUUUCUUUUCCUCUGGAUCCAGAGAGGGGAGCGUGCGAAUACGUCGAGUUGGACGGAAAGGGCAUGAUCUUUGUGUGUCACGCAAUCGGCUUUGCAGUGUACAGCCUCAAAGGCGAAACGCAGCUCUGGAUGGGCUUCAAACUCAUCAGCAAACACGACGAUGGUUCUGGUUACGAAUUCAAACACUGGGCGCAACCCGCCGAAAAAUUUGGCAAAUAUCACGUCGCACAGGCCGAGAUUCAACAUGCCUUGAGGGACUUGCAACACGUACGGACACCCCUCGAGUGGAGCGUGGAAGAAGAUUGUUGUAGAGCAGGCUCUUCGCAGCCCAUCGAGGAGAACUCUUUAGCGACGAUUCUUCUUUGCCAAGCCGCCCUCUUUUCCAGGUCCAUUCAUCCAGAUACCAAAACUGACACUCUUGUCGUUGGCUGCGACUGGGGUCUGAUCCUCCUAAGGCCAUACUCUGCCUUGGCGCAGGAGCAUAGCAAGGGCGUAAUCGAGGUGGCGCGCAUCGGUCUUCAAGACUUUCUGCCUCGCUUCAUCAACGGUUUUGGCGAGCCGCCAAACCAAAGAUAUCACAUGUACAUGGCAGUCUCUGACGGAAGGGUGUGCUACGGAAAUUAUGACGGGCGUUAUAGGAGCUCUGAAGAUACUUUCAUCAUAGAUCUCGCUACGGACAGACUGAACCCAUCGCAGACUGCUGGCACUUUCGAAAACGUCAAGGUCUGGCAUUGGCAAGCUCGUCAGCCAGAAGAAAAUGACGAGCUGCUAGUUUCGUGCUUGCAAAUGGAUGCCAGCGGAGUCUACGUCUGUCGCCCUGCGGACGCCUUGGUGUACUCGGACUUUGGCAUGGCUGCUAAAUGUCGACCGGACGAUUUGGGCAGGCAUGCCAAGCAGGAAAUCAUCUACAAGGAGACUGAGCAGCGCGUCUUGGCAGAGCAUGCGGCGAUUGAUGAAAGACAUCGUCAGGAGCGCUUGAAUGCUGCUGCUGCUGCUGCUGCUCAGCCCGAAGCGGAAGCUCACGCUCCACCAGGAGCAGCCGUCGAAGUCAUCGAAGACCCUAAUGAUCCCGAUCAGCAUCCAUCAGACGAAGACGCCAUGCAGGUCGAUGAGGCUCCGCCGCAGGACGACGUUGCGUAAGCACCUUGCUAGGAUAUGUAGAGUACUGUACCAAAAGCAAGUCCGUUUCAAGAAUGCGCUGGCGCACGCACCGACGACGGGUUCAUUCGUGUCCAGUCGUGCAAGCCGCCCCCCGACGUCACUAGACUGUUGCGCAUGCCA